AUGGUUGUCCCUAAGGCUAAAGUACCGGAUGUUCUACAACUGUACCAUAGUAGUUCUUCAGGAGGCCACCUGGGAGUUAAACGAACUCUCCUGAAGAUCCGAGAACGGUUUUACUGGGUCCACUGUCGUGACGAUGUCGAGGACUGGUGCCGCAAAUGUACAAGUUGUGCGGCUGUAAAGGGACCUCAAAUUCGUAGUAGAGGCGCAUUGAAAUUGUACAAUGUUGGUGCACCAUGGGAGAGGAUAGCCAUUGACGUUGCGGGGCCGUUUCCGGAAAGUGAAAGUGGUAACAAGUAUUUCAUGGUUGUGAUGGAUUACUUCACUAAGUGGCCAGAAGUCUUCGCCAUUCCAAAUCAAGAAGCUUCAACAGUUGCAGAUAAACUAGUUCAUGAAGUCUUCUGUCGUUUUGGAGAACCCUUAGAGAUUCACAGCGAUCAAGGAAAGAAUUUCGAGUCUCAAAUAUUCCAGGAAACUUGCAGAGUUAUGGGUACUCAUAAAACACGAACAACUUCUUACCACCCACAAUCUGAUGGAAUGGUAGAACGAUUUAAUCAGACAUUGGAAAGGUACCUGGCAAAAGUUGUGGAAAAACGGCAACGAGACUGGGACAGGUUUUUGUUGUCAUAUCGAAGCGCUGUUCACGAAAGUACAUCAUUGACGCCAGCUUUCGCAAACUUUGGGAGAGAAUUACGGCUGCCUGCAGACCUGAUCACCGGAAUACCACCAGAUGCCCCACGCAGUAUAACCGAUUAUGCAAAUGACUUGCGGAACAAAAUGAAUGACAUUUAUUAG